AUGAAUUUUUUCUCUGAGCAAAUUUCAACUUAUUUGCCUCAGGGCUUUCGUCCACUUCCACGUGUAAUAGAAUCGAAUUUUUUUAUUGCACCACAACCGAAAAAAGGUGCUGAUAGCGUUUUAUCUCUUACAUCACCAGUUGAAGCCGAUUCAAUGUCAAUGUUAAAAACUGUUUUAACAAAAUUGUCUAUUUUACCCAAAGCUAGUGCUGUUCGUGCUAGUAGUAGUCAUGCUGUUGAUCAUCAUCAUGUACCAGCAUAUGAAAAAAUUAAUUUAUGGCGUACACCAUACAAAGGUGAUGAUGAUACAAUAACACAAGUAAAAAGUCGAAAAGGUGCCUUAGAUAAUUAUGUUGAACGUCGUACACGUCGUAUACAAGAAUUACAGUUACACUGGUUGCGACAUCCGGAACGAGAAGUUUAUUUAAUGUUUGAACGUGAUAAAAUUAUUUUAUCAUUCUAUGCUUUAUCAUUCAUAUUAGUACUUUUUGCAACAGCAAAAGUUGGCUAUGAUCAAAUGAAAAAGAAAGAUCGACUUAAACGUAUUCAACCACCACCACCACCUCCAUCUACUGUAACAUCUCAUACAAAUUAUGUCAAAUCUGCAGAAGAGACUAAAACGAACAGUAUUGAUGAAAUAACUGAACAGUUCAAUCAACAAUUCAAGAAAUUAGAAGAUGCUGAAAUAGAGAGAAAAAUUCUUGAUGAUAUAACAAAAAAAUUUCAAAUUCUUGUGGACGAUUGGAAACAAAAUAAAUUAACGUUAUCAACAAAAGAAAAACUAUCCGAAUUAUUUGAGAAUCUCGAUCAUAAUCUUGGAUUAGCAUUUGAUCUUCAUGUCGGUUUAGUAAGAAAUUCAGGAGCAGAGGUUGUACGAUUUAUCGUCGGGAUAAAACGAUUAAUUCAAGAACUACAACGUAUUUCAACUUUGUCUGAAAACACCACUAAUAAAUCGAACGAGGUGUCCCCGAAUUAA